UGUGGUGGCCUUGGCGGUGGCCUUGGCCUCAGGGUGCUGCGGAUGGAGUCACCCAGAGUCUGCUAGCGGCGCCGCAGGGAGCCGGUGGAGAACCCAAGAAGCCCGCCACUGCCUUCUGGGGCACUAAGACAACCCAGCUUGAGCAGGGAGAUGGCGGUUAACGAUUGCUUCAGUCUGACCUAUCCUCACAACCCCCACCCAGGAGACUUGAUUGAAGUGUUCCGUCCUUGUUAUCAGCACUGGGCACUGUACUUGGGUGAUGGCUACGUUAUCAACAUUGCACCUGUAGAUGGCAUUCCCUCAUCAUUUUCAAGUGCCAAGUCUGUGUUCAGCACAAAGGCCUUGGUGAAAAUGCAGCUUUUGAAGGAUGUUGUGGGAAAUGACACAUACAGAAUAAAUAACAAGUACGACACGACCUACCCUCCUCUCCCUGUGGAGGAAGUGAUACAACGGUCAGAGUUCGCGAUUGGGCAGGAAGUAACCUAUGACUUACUGGUCAACAACUGUGAGCAUUUUGUGACCUUGCUCCGCUAUGGAGAAGGAGUGUCAGAGCAGGCCAACCGAGCAAUCGGCACCAUCGGGUUGGUGGCAGCUGGUAUUGAUAUCUUCACAUUCCUUGGCUUGUUUCCCAAAAGACAAGGAGCAAAAUCUUAGCAGUUUAUUGAAGAGAUUGGAAUGAAGAAGUUUGUGAGGGGAGAGAGAUCUGGGGUGAAUACUUAUUUUGAAUGCUUCAUUAUUGCUCAUGGUCCCCAUGAUGGAUGGCAGACUCUGUAAUAAAUUGCUUGCUGAUUUUAAUCUUAUCGCUGAGCCGAGAAAAGUUUUUCCCCACUAGUAGAGAUUUGCCGUGGUGGCUUGAACAAAACGCAGUUGCCUUUUGAUCGAGCCAGCUGAGGAUCUGAACUAAACCAAGACCGCAUUUCAUCUUCUACUGUAAAUAUUGUUUCCCUUUUCCCUAAGGACGGCUGUUUUGCCAGAGGUUCGGAGAACCAUUUACAUAUGCUUCUGAAAGGUAGUCGCUAGGGCCAACGUCUAAAUUCUUAUUCCUUUCCUUGUCAGAAGAAAGGGAAGCGAACAUAUCCAAUACUACAGAUACAUGGAUACAUGGAUACGUCCAUGGUACACAUCCAAAUACUUAAGGAUCUCGGAACGACAAAGCAUUUGCAGCACCUGUGUGGGCAGAACCUGAAAGAAGAGGGUGGGUGGGGGAUUUUGUAUGGAAUUCUUAUGAGCAGUGUGCGUGUGGACAGUUUUAGGUGUCAGCCUUUGGUCUCCAUCUUUUUUAUUUUUAUUUUGUUUUUGAUGUUUAAAAAAAAUUUUUUUUGGAGACAGGAUGUGCUGUCCUUCACAUCUUAUGGCAAACUAGCUAGCCUGGGAGCUUCCAGGGAGCCUCCUGUCUCUGCCUCCAUUGCACGGUAAGCGUUCUGGAAUUACAGAUGUACACCAAAAAGCCAAGUUUUAUAUGGACUCUGGGGAUCUGAGCUCAAGGCUUCAUGCUUAUGUAUGAAAACACUUUACCCACUGAGCUCCUCUCUCUCUCUCUCUCUCUCUCUCUCUCUCUCUCUCUGUCUUGUACUUUCAGACCCAGUGAGUUCAGGAAUCAGUGUUGAGGAAUGGGCUGUAUUUUGAAUGAUUUAAAUGGAUCCUUCCAGAUUGUAUAGUAGUUCAGUGGUUCGGCCUUUGGGCCUUGGCAAGCAAUCAUUAGUAAUGAUGUAAAGUGCUAUAUUUAUAAUGCAAAUUUCCUCAUCCCUCAAGGGAUCCCAUGAUUUUAGUCUUCCAUUUUACUGAUUAUAUGUUGAAUUAAACUACUUUUAAUGCCAUUCCUGUAGCAUUCUUGGUAGUAGCAGGUCAGGAAAGGUAGAAUGUAAGUCUUUUCUACAUGAAGAUGAUGUAAGGGCAUCAUAGCACGAGCCCAUAAACCACACAGCUAGCCCCGCAUCCUUUUGUGCCAUUAUCAAAAGCAUGUUGGUCAUAAGGAAAUGUGUCAGUGAACACAGGAGUAGAAAGUGAUAGAAUAUGGUAAAGUCCAGUGCAGAAGGCUCAAUGGAGGCCUCACACCUGGUAAACUGAUUUGACCUUGUUGCUAGAAACACUCUCACUACUGAAGGGAAGCAAGAGUAACGUUAACAGAAGUAUGUGCUGCCAUUCCCGUCCCAGAGUCCCUCUGUCCCUUCUUUAUUUUUCCACAACAGACCCUUCUCCUUCUAACCCCCAAACUCACCCUUCAGUGCAUGGUCUUCUCAGAAAGCACACAGUUACUUUUAUCCUGAAUACAGGUCUCAGCUCAGUGGGCAAAGCUUUUUAUAAUAUAUUCUUUAUAUAGUAAAGAGUACACAGGUUUUGAGAAUUUUCCCAUUAAGGAAAGAGCAGCUGCAGCCACUGGGCCUUCUUCCCUCUUUCCCCCUCGUGUGCCACCUUUCAAUAAAAUAUAUUUACAGAGAGCAAGCCAGCUCACAGCAGACAUUCAUCUCUGGCAGAAUUAGACCGCCAGCCAGGAAAAGGGAGGAGUAGGGUUGAGAACCAAAAGCCUCUUGGGGCUUCAGGACAAACCUUUCUAGAGAACUCUGACAUCUCCACUCCGGAAAAGAAGCGAGGUGUUAAAAGAGAACAUCAGAAACGCACUUGUUAAUCCAUGGGUUUAUUACCUUAUCAGUCCCGUGAGGUUUGGUUUGCCAUAAACGUGGCCAACCUUAGAUCGGGCAACCUCAAAAGAGUCAGGGUUCUUUUCCUGCAGGCCUUCAGUACUCAUGUGUUUAAUGCAACUUGAACUUGGAUCAGCUAUUUUCCCAGCACUACAAAAUAUUGUCUGGGCAUAUUUUCAGCAGUCAGUAAUGGAGUCCAGCUCUAUCAUGUUUCAAAAAAUGGAAUGUUUAGAUCAUCUGCAUCAGGUGAUAGGUUUUUGGUAAUACUAGGGAAAGAAAUGUCUGUGCUUUUAUUGAAUAUGUACAUAUAACAAAUAAAAUAUGUUAUCUAAAUGUC